AGCCUUUGGCGUCAUCCUGGUAGGAGGCUGCUGCCGCUUACAGUGAACACAUUAGACGAUCAGCAGCUGUUUGUCAAGUCAAAGCGUUUCAUUUCAUCUCUUUUGUGCGAUCACAUAACGCCUCCAUUUAUAUCCAUCACGUGGGAUUAUUCGCCGAGAGAGAACCGCGAGAAAGGGCGAGAAGUCGCGACGGGGACUUGUGAGACUUGCACAAACAAGCCCUCCUCCUCCUCCACCUCCUUCUAGUCUGCUCAUUAUUUGCUGAGGGAGAAGAACAGUUUCCACCGCCUGAGGAAACAUGAGCUUUCUUUUCGGAAGUCGCGCCUCAAAGACGUUCAAGCCCAAGAAGAACAUCCCGGAGGGCUCUCAUCAGUACGAGCUGUUGAAACAUGCAGAGGCCACACUGGGAAGCGGGAACCUGCGCAUGGCCGUCAUGCUACCUGAUGGCGAGGACCUGAACGAGUGGGUCGCAGUCAACACUGUGGACUUCUUCAACCAGAUCAACAUGCUGUACGGGACCAUCACAGACUUCUGCACGGAGGAGAGCUGCCCCGUCAUGUCUGCCGGGCCAAAGUACGAGUAUCACUGGGCCGACGGAACCAACAUCAAGAAGCCGAUCAAAUGCUCCGCCCCCAAGUAUAUCGAUUACCUGAUGACUUGGGUGCAAGACCAGCUCGAUGACGAGACACUCUUCCCCUCCAAGAUUGGCGUCCCCUUCAAGCGCAACUUCAUGUCAGUGGCCAAGACCAUCCUGAAGCGCCUUUUCCGCGUCUACGCUCACAUUUACCACCAGCACUUUGACUCUGUCAUGCAGCUGCAGGAGGAGGCCCACCUCAACACGUCCUUCAAACACUUCAUCUUCUUCGUCCAGGAGUUCAACCUCAUCGACAGGAAAGAGCUGGCACCGCUUCAGGAGCUGAUCGAGAAGCUGACCACCAAGGACAGAUAAACGACCACGAUCCUCCUUCUUUUAACGGUCUUCUAGUUUUGCACAGACACUCCUCCCCUCCCUCCCCUCCUCCUCCCCCCUCCGCCUCCUCCUCUCCCUCGGCUGUAUGUAUGCAGUAUAAACUAUAUUUCCAUUUGGGGAAAUGUUUUUAAUGAGGCCUGGGACGCCGAAACGGGUCAAGAUGGGUUUGACGCACCGGGGGCUUCAUCACUUCAGGGAGUCAAGUGAACAAAAAAAAACGUGUUUCUGAGGCAGCGAUCCAUCUUGAAUAUUCACAUUAGCUCUCCAACAAGAAGCAUUCUCGCAGAUGACAACAAUAAUAUUGUGUUAAGGUGUUUCGUUUUUCUUAAGGGGGGGGGACGGCAUCCUCGAAGCCAUUCCGAGAGCAGCCGACUAGUUUGCUGCUUGCUAGAACCGCAUCCUAAGUGCCUGGCCUGGCUCGCUUUGGCCCGGCAUCCACAGAGAGAACUGUAAGAAGGCCAUACGACUUGAUUGACACCUGAAAUUUACACCUCGUCUCCAAUUUCUUGCCCUCUGGAUUGAAUUCAAACUACUUUUCAUUCUUAAGGAGUUCUUUGCCUGUGCAGGAAGUUGCGCCAUGUUAUUUUUUUAGCAUAGUUAUUCUCUUGUGUGUCCACCAGUUCUGAAUUAUAAACAGACGCACAUUUUUCCCCCAAAAGUAGCUUGCUCAUUUGCUCGGACGUGCCCUCGUGAAAUGAAUGUUGACGCAUCAAAGCGGAUAUAAAGAAACCAGCUUCGAAUGCGAUCGUCAGUGCGUCCGUACGGCCACUUGGUAGCUGCCUUCUGCACAGAUGGAGCCGAUGAAGCACGCAAACGCACACAUUUUACCGCACUGGUGUGUAUUUUAGGCCGCAGGAAGCAAACACGAGCUAAACGGGAAAACACAAGUACCGGGACAAGCACCUGCAGCUCUGCGCGUUGAAGCAUUGACACAUCUACAUUAGCUGCAAUAGUGUACAGUAUAUAAGGUUGAUAAUUGCCGCAGCAGUUGAGUUGACCAUCGAGCACUUUGAACAGUUCUCCUGACCUCUUGCCUGAGUGUCUGCUCUGCAUAGGCCCUGCUUUGUGUUUCUUUUCCUCUCUCCCCCGCAUUCCCCCCAGAAAUGAAUGUUAGCCUGCGCUGAACUUGAGGCACAACCAAGAUAUUUAAUUCGAUUUUUUUUAAGGCCCCCCCCCCCGAGUUGCUUUCAACAGCCACAUGUACAUCUCCCGCCCUCUAAAGUGUACUUUACUAUGCAAUAAUAAUUGACACACUAAAAGGUGCAGCUCAAUAAAUUAGAAUAUCUUUGAAAGUCACUACACACACAGUGAAUGAUUUCAAGAAUGUUUUUUAUAUAUCAUUUUGGUGUUUAUAGCUUACAGCUGAAAAAAACCCAAAUUCAUCAAGUUAACAUAGUAAUCCCUCUUUUAUCACUGUUAACUGGUUCCAGACCCGACCGUGAUAAAUGAAUUUCUGUGCUGUAUGAAUGAGUGUUAAUGAAUGGAUUUUAUGGCAGUGAUGAACGUAUACGUGAGGGGGUUAUACAACACAACACAGUAAUCCCUCUUUUAUCGCUGUUAACUGGUUCCAGACCCGACCGUGAUAAAUGAAUUUCUGUGAUGUAUGAAUCAGUGUUAAUGAAUGGAUUUUAUGGCAGUGAUGAACGUAUACGUGAGGGGGUUAUACAACACAACACAAAACAAAGCACAAGUAACAAUUUUCUACAAGAGGAAGGGAGGGUUGUGCAAUGUUGGUUGGGGGGGUGUCACUGAAUGAGUGGUCUAUACGACAAAAACUAUUAAUAAGAUAUGAUGCUGUGUUAAAGAGAGAAAAGAAAAAAUACAUAUGACAUACGUAAAAUAGGUAGAAUAAAAAUAAAAUGUAUUAAAUUGGAAAAAAACAAAAUUAAUUACAAAAAUGUAAAUUAUUUUUUAAAAACUUUGGAAUAAAUAUAAUUAAUAUUGAUAUGUUUACUGACUGACUGAGAGGCAGAGAUUAUUUACUAUUCACCCACUGGUGAGCCCAGUCCGCCAUGAGCAGGCAGCGUCCAAGCACCCCAAGCACACACACCCACCCACCACACAGCCAAGGCCAGACAAACCCACACAUCGUCGCCCACAAAUGGAAUAUUUUUGUACCUGGAGCAUAGAAAACCUGUUUAAAACCUUCUAAAUACGUGUUAUUUAACAUUAUUAGUGCCCCUUAGAUGUGAAAUAACGCCGCAUAAUCACUUUAACACUCAUAUUACCAAAUGUAGUAAACCUAAUACUGUACUGUAUACUAUAAUAAUAGGAACCGUGAUAUUGCGAGGGAUUACUCUUAUUUUAGAAAACUUGUGGAAAAGUUCAAUAUUGCAAACCACUGGUUGGUGCUCUAAUCAGCAAAAUAAGUGCUAAAACCUUUGCUCCAUAUUUUCAUUUAUUGAGAUGCACCUGUAUAUACAGUAUAGUCAUGAUUUCUGCUUAUUUCGCGAAUAUUCAGGUGUUUAUUCACAAAGAACGGCUUUGCUUUAGGUUUGGUUGGUUUAAAAUAAUCAGUUACUGUAUGACUUUUUUAGGCGGAAUACUUCAAUGCACAACAUGUAAAUACUGAGCUGUAAGAAGGAAUAUUAGGGCCACACCAAACAGAUACCUUAUACUACAAGAAUAAACACAUUCUUGUAAUUGUGCUAUUUUUUUCUUCAUUGUGUGGCGCUAAUAGUCCUUCAUUUCAAUGAGCAUGGAGUUGUUACAAGGAUGCUUUGUCCUUUUUUUCCUUUGGAGGCAGCUUUCCCAUCCCCCGUUUGGAUAUUAUAAUUGUGUUCCUCUGCUUAAGUUGUUGAGUGUUUUCCCCCUCUUUUUAUCUAAUGAUAAUGAAUGUUGUCACACACCAUACAAUUUUAUUUAAAAACAACCCGGAAGCAUCUCCUCCUGGAAUGCCCCCAGCCUAGCCUGUUGCCUAGUUUCGUUUUUCUCUUCUUUAGCUGUAUUCAUUGAGGAAAUAUGUGUACAUAUUGGCUCGGUAUGGAUGUUUCAAUGCUGCUGAAUCGAAUUCUGCUGUUUACAAAGGCAAAUAAAGGUGGUGUUGACUCUUUGAA